AAAACUAUAAUUAUGAUAAAUAAUUAAAACUGGCACCAGCGUACUAGAUUUUAAAACGAAGUAAUAGAUGGGAAAUAUUCGGGGCCAUUUAUUUCUAAGGUUGAAAAAGCAAAAGGAGAAGGGCGAAAGCUACUCAUUUUCGCUGCUGCUGCCGCCGCUCCGCUUCCUUCAAGAGAGAAUAUCGAUUAGAGAAAAGCUGAGGCGGCGGAAGCGGAAGCGAGAAACUGAGACCCCGGAUCGUUUCACCGUAGCCGGGCUCUGCUCUCCUCUUCCUUCUCUCUGGUUCCACGCUUCCUUCUCCUAUCUUUUCUUAUGGAUUAUUCCCGCUCCCUUUUCUUCUACCGACCUUUUCCUGUCGGCGAUUGCUUCGCUCCCAAGGGAUCCGAGCUCUGAAGCCUCCACGAUCGGGCGAUUCCACCCCGGGGUUUCCCUCAUUUGCCCCCGCACUCCGAGCUGGCGGGCCUCAAGGGAACCCUAGCCCUCCUCCUCCUCUCCGCCUUCUCCCGCUUCGCGGAUCUAUUCCACUUCAAGACGCGGCGGCGGCGGCGGCGGAAGGGCGGGGACCACGGCGGCUGCAUGAUGCUUUGGAUCAUGCGGAUCUCCGGCUUCUUCUCCGCCGCCACGGUCAUGGUCGUCCUCUCCCCCUCCCUCCAGUCCUUCCCACCCGCCGAGGCCAUCCGAUCCUCCAAUCUCGACGGCUACCUCCGCUUCCCCGCCGGCACCCACGCCAGUGGCGCCCGAGACAGCUUCUCGUUCCGCCAGGCCCCGCCAUUCCGCAAUGCGGAGGAAUGCGGCGGCCUCGGCGACGACUCUACCGUUUGUGACCCAUCCCUCGUCCACAUCGCCAUCACCCUCGACGUGGACUACCUCCGUGGUUCCAUCGCCGCCGUCCACUCCAUCCUGCAGCACGCUCUCUGCCCGGAGAACGUCUUCUUCCAUUUCCUCGUCUCCGAUACCAGUCUCGAAACCCUGGUCCGCUCCGCCUUCCCCCGGCUCCGAUUCAAGGUCUACUACUUCGAUCCGGAGAGGGUCCGGGGCUUGAUUUCCUCGUCCGUGCGGCAGGCGUUGGAGCAGCCGCUCAACUACGCGAGGAACUACCUCGCCGACAUGCUGGAGCCGUGCGUGCGGCGGGUGAUCUACCUGGAUUCCGAUCUUGUGGUGGUCGACGACGUCGCGAAGCUGUGGAGGACGAGCCUGGGGUCGCGGACGGUGGGGGCGCCGGAGUACUGCCACGCCAACUUCACCAAGUACUUCACGGAGCGCUUCUGGUCGGACCCGCGACUCGCCGGGACGUUCGCCGGCCGACGGCCGUGCUAUUUCAACACGGGUGUGAUGGUCAUCGAUCUGGUCCGUUGGCGGCGUUUCGGGUACACGCGGCGGAUCGUGAGGUGGAUGGAGGUACAGAAGGGCGGGGCGAGCGCCGGCUGGGGCGGCCGGAUAUACGAGCUGGGCUCGCUGCCGCCGUUCCUUUUGGUGUUCGCGGGACACGUGGCGCCGAUCGAGCACAGGUGGAACCAGCACGGGCUGGGCGGUGAUAACGUCAAGGGCAGCUGUCGCGACCUCCACCCGGGACCGGUCAGCCUCCUCCACUGGAGCGGCAGCGGCAAGCCCUGGGUGCGGCUCGACUCAAACCGCCCGUGCCCCCUCGACGCCCUUUGGGCCCCUUACGACCUGUACGGCCCCGCCUCCUCGCUGUAAACCCCCAUUUUUUUCACCCCUCCUCAACGGGCGUCUUAUCGUAUCAUCAUCCCCCACCCUUUUUUCCUUUUUUUGCCGCUCCAACCAUCUCCACCCCCUCUUCCACUUUCUAUAUUUUCCAUAUUCUAUUUUUAAUUUUACCUUUUUUUUUUUUGGGUGACCUCACCAUUCACUACCACCAUCCUUUUUCUUCUUUUACGAGGUGAUUUGUAUUUUAUUCUAUUGUUGUUGCCUCCACAAAUAAAAGGAACAGACAUUCAAUUUGUUUUACUA